AAGAACAAUAGAACCUCACACUUCACAUGUUUCAGCAACACCACUCUAAGGUUUUUGUUGGCAUGAUCACUUUGACCAAUCUCUUAUUUUCCCUGUAGUUCCACUUUCUGAUUUAUCCGUUGAAAAUCAAGGCUCAGAACAUUCCAUGUCUUUACUUAGGGAAGCAAUUAAAGAUUUCAGAGUUUUUGCAGCAACAUGGAAUGUUGGAGGGCAAUGCCCCACUGAGAACCUUGAUUUGAGUGAUUUUCUUCGGUUUCCAUAUGAACAAGAUAUGUAUGUUUUGGGAUUUCAGGAGAUUGUCCAUAUAAAUGCUGGAAAUGCGCUCAUAUCAGAGGAAAACGAGCCUGCUGCAAAAUGGCUUGCUUUAAUCAACCAAUCACUCAAUGGUCCUUCAGUUUUGGCUUCUAAAGGACUAAAACCGACAACAUGUUUGUUCUUCCAAAAUCCUUCUCUGAAGAAGCUUGAGGAAUGCUUCAAGAAUGUAAAUGGACAGAGGCUAAAAAGUUGUAACUGUGUCCUUGAAAAGGAAAGGAAUGCUGCCAAGUAUUUCUGUUUUCGCGGUCAAAAAACAAACUUAAACUCAGAUGACUCUUCUUCCACUGAAGAGGAGGAUGAGAAUUUCUCAAUUUAUGUUGCUUUGUCUAGUUCUACGAUGAAAUACAGUCUUGUUGCAAGUAGGCAAAUGGUUGGAAUUUAUGUAUGUGUAUGGAUGAGGAAGGAACUUGUUCGGCAUGUAGGCCAUUUGAGAAUAUGUUGCACUAGCCGCGGGAUCAUGGGUCAACUUGGUAAUAAGGGGUGUAUAUCAGUGAGCAUGUCAUUUUAUCAGACAACUUUUUGCUUCAUCUGCAGUAAUUUGGCAUCUGGAGAGAAAGAGGGCGACGAGCUUCGCAGGAAUCUUGAUGUCAUAAAGAUUCUAAAUAACACUCAGUUUCCAAGGAUUUGCAAGACACCAUAUAGUAGGAUGCCUGACAAAAUUUUAGAGCAUGAACGAAUCAUAUGGUUUGGGGACUUGAAUUACAGAAUCUCUUUGAGCUAUAAUGAUGUAAAAAGGCUUAUGGAAAAGCUUGACUGGGCUUCUCUUUUGAAGAAGGAUCAGCUUAAAAUGGAAAGGGAGGCAGGUCGUGUAUUUAAGGGGUGGAAAGAGGGAAAGAUCUACUUUCCACCUACUUAUAAAUAUGCCUUCAACUCAGGCAUUUACUAUGAUGAAGGUGUAGAAGUUUCAAAGAACAAAAGGACAACUCCAGCAUGGUGCGACAGAAUCUUGUGGCAUGGAAGGGGAAUUAGGCAACUUUGUUACUUCCGAAAAGAAUUUAAGCUUUCUGACCAUCGACCAGUUUGUGCAACAUUUAUAGUAGAAGCUGAGGUUAUGCACAGGGGACAAAAGGAGAAAGUUUCAACUUGCAUCUUUCAGAAUAUUGAUGAUCUUGCAGGCUGAUCGACCAAUUUGGAACUAUUUGCCAGACUUUUUAUCAAAUUGAGGUUGUUUUUGAAACAAUUUUUGAAUUCGAAGUGGUUAACAAAAGGUAUCACCAUGGUUUUAAA